GCGGGGCGGGCUCCGCGGCGGGCGGCUGCGAGGAGCAGCCGGUGGUGGCGGCGGCGGCGGCGGCGGCGGCGGGUAGCGGCAGCGGCCAGCGGUCGGCCAUGGCGGAGGCAGAGGCCGGCGGCGACGAGGCGCGCUGCGUGCGGCUGAACGCCGAGCGGGCCAAGGCGCUGCUGGCCGACGUGGACACGCUGCUGUUCGACUGCGAUGGCGUGCUGUGGCGCGGCGAGACGGCCGUACCGGGCGCGCCGGAGACUCUGCGGGCGCUGCGGGCCCGCGGGAAGCGGCUGGGCUUCAUCACCAACAACAGCAGCAAGACUCGCACGGCCUACGCGGAGAAGCUGAGGCGCCUGGGUUUCGGCGGCCCGGUGGGGUCCGAAGCGGGCCUCGAGGUGUUCGGCACGGCCUACUGCUGCGCGCUGUAUCUGCGCCAACGCCUGGCCGGCGUGCCGGACCCCAAGGCCUACGUCCUGGGCAGCCCGGCCUUAGCCUCCGAGCUGGAGGCCGUGGGUAUCAGUAGCGUGGGCGUGGGCCCCGAGCCGCUGCACGGCGAAGGCCCGGGCGACUGGCUGGCGGCGCCGCUCGAACCCGACGUGCGCGCGGUAGUGGUGGGCUUCGACCCACACUUCAGCUACAUGAAGCUCACCAAGGCGGUGCGGUACCUGCAGCAGCCCGAAUGUCUGCUCGUGGGCACCAACAUGGACAACCGGCUCCCGCUGGAGAACGGCCGUUUCAUUGCGGGUACCGGCUGUCUGGUGCGAGCCGUGGAGAUGGCCGCCCAGCGCCAGGCGGACAUCAUCGGGAAGCCUAGCCGCUUCAUCUUCGACUGCGUGUCCCAGGAGUAUGGUAUCAACCCGGAGCGCACAGUCAUGGUGGGAGACCGCCUGGACACAGACAUCCUCCUGGGCGCCACCUGUAGCCUGAAGACUAUCCUGACCCUCACCGGAGUCUCCAGUCUUGAGGAUGUGAAGAGUAAUCGGGAAAGUGACUGCAUGCACAAGAAGAAAAUGGUCCCUCACUUCUAUGUUGACAGCAUAGCCGACCUCUUGCCUGCCCUUCAAGGUUAAAGAUCUAGUGUCUUUAAUCUGGAAUAAAAAAAGAAUGAAAAUCA